AUGAGACACGGCGAGGAAACCACGGUUCUCUUUGCAGACGAGGAGGCGAUGGGCUUGGAGACCGAGAACGAGGACGCUGUCUGUACACCCUGGGGACCGGUGCGAGGUCUCUGCAUACAGACAUUUCUCGCCUGUCCCACUUUCCCCCGCGACACACAAAGAGAAGCAGCGUCUGGAUCGCAGUUGCUCGCAGUCGGAGUCGCUGUUCUCAGGCGGCGCGGUUCUUCCUUUUCUUCCCUCUGGCCUCACUUCAUGGCUCUCGUCCUCGCGCUCUCCGCAGGGUCAGAGUCUCGAGUGGACUCCCUCGAGCUACGCGUCUCCGUCGGCGCUCCGCUUGUCCUUCUGCUCGGUCCCUCUGACUCUUCUUCACACGGAGUGGAGACAAUGUUUCGAGAUUGUCGAGGGAAGAACCUGCGAGAAAACAGAAACGAAAGUCCCAUAGUUAACGUCUUUUCCUUCUGUGGUUUCAUAUUUUCUCGGGGUAUUGUUUUCUCGAAGAUGCGUCUGUCAGAAACCGCGACAGAUCACGAGCAGACCUGUUUCACCGCACCUCAGGGGAUGCUGCGGUGUACAUACUGCACCUGCUCUCUCGCUGUGCAGCCUCCCGCGAUCUUCGAGUUGUGUAUCAUAUACGUUUCAGAGUGGGAGAAGGAGUCAGAGACAGUUCUGUCUCUGUACACAGCGAGGUUCAGAGGGCCUUCCGGCUGCUCUGUGCAUGCAGAAGAAAAGGGUAUCUUUCCAAGGGCCGAGAGUCGCCGCGUUCGACGUCUCGAGCGCAGAUUUUUGGGAUUUUUUCCGGAGACUUUUCAGUUUUUUCGCGAUCGCGAAGGGCCUUUGUUUUUGCGAGAGCGAAGCGCGCGCGUGCGAGAGGUGUCAGCCCAAGGGGCGCUGCGUGUCUUGUCAAAACUGAUUUUCUUGUCACAUUCACUUGGCUAG